AUGUUGACCGGCGCGGUGAUAAAUCUCGAUUACAUCGAACCUCUGAGAUUUCUCGAGGACGCGAGGGACACAGUGCUCCGCCGCGUGCGCGACGUCAUGGGCCGAUAUCGCAGCGUUAAGGUGAACACGACGUUCAACGGAGAAUUCAUGUCGGGUGAUAAAACCGCCGUUAAGACGAUCGCCACGAGAAACCAUCCCCUUCUACCCACGACGGAUCUGCGCGAAUGGUACGAUACUCGCGUCGUCGGCGAUACCGUCGCGUCUUUGGAGAAGUUUCAAGAGCGCGACAGCGGAUGGGCCUUAUCGCGCAUACUCGAUCUAACGGUGAACGUGAACGUGUACAAUCCCAUGCGGGCGAGGUGUCACGUGCAGGUACCGCGAGAGUUCCAGAUGAAGAGAGCGAUGGUCAACGUGCGAUCCGACGACGAGGCGUGUUUCGCGUGGUCGGUGAUCGCCGCUCUGUAUCCCGUAGAUAAGCACUGCGAGACAAGCUCGCGAUAUCCGCAUUACUCCGAGCGUCUGAACGAUAUAUCGGUGAACGUGUACACCGUCGGAGAGAGACGACGCGGGAAGGACGGUGGCGGCGGAAUUCGCAUCGUCCCUCUUCGUCUGACGAAUCAAAAGAGGGAGAGACACGUCAAUCUGCUGUAUCUGAGCGAUGCGACGCGCGAGGGUAACGCGGUCGGACAUUUCGCCUGUAUUCGAAAUCUGUCUCGUCUGAUCAGCUCGCAGUUGAGCAAGCGACAGCACAGAACGCACGUGUGCGAUCGCUGCAUGCAUUACUUUCGCACGAGCGAGAAGCUGUCGGCGCACAACGAGGAUUGCGGCAAGCUGAACGAUUACGCGAUCGUUCUUUCCGGCGAGGACGACAGGUGGCUGGAGUUCGAUCAUCAUUCGAGAAAGGAGCGAAUUCCGUUCGCGGUGUACGCCGAUCUGGAGUGCGCGUUGGAGAGGAAGGAGGGGGACGAGGGCGGGAGAACCAAGAAUACGAGGAUCGUUCAGCAUCACAGAGUUCACAGCGUGGCCUAUUACACGCGUUGCUCCUUCGACGAGGCCGCGUCAGCGUACAGAUCUUAUCGCGGCAAGGAUUGCGUCGCGUGGUUCGUGCGCGAGUUGCGCGAUCUGGCGCUUCGUGCGAAGAUCGCCCUCGACGCCGUGGUACCGAUGACGGAUCUGACGCCUGACGAGCGGGAGAUAUUCGCGAGCGCGUCGCGCUGUUACGCGUGCGAGAGACCGUUCGAGACCGACGACGCUCGCGUGCGCGAUCACUGUCAUUUGACCGGCCGUUUCAGAGGUCCGGCGCAUUCCGCGUAUAAUUUGAAUUACAAGGACCCCUACGUCAUACCCGUAUUCUUUCACAAUCUAUCGGGUUACGACGCGCACUUUAUUAUCAAAGAUGUGGCUAACGCGUAUCCCGGCAGCGUCGAGUUGUUGCCGGUGACGAAGGAAUCGUACAUAGCUUUCUCGAAGACCUUUUUAGGCGCCGGUCUCGAGAAGCUGGCGUCGUAUCUCGACGAGAACAAACUGACGAUCGCGCGAGGCGAGUUUCGCGACCUCUCGGACGACGACUUUCGGCUUCUCACGCGCAAGGGCGUGUUUCCGUACGAGUACGUCGACAGCGUCGAGAGAUUGCGGGAGACGCGUCUCCCGCCGCGCGAGUCCUUCUACAGUUCUCUGAUCGGCGAUACCGUAUCUGAGAGCGAUUACGCGCACGCGACGCGCGUUUGUAAGCGAUUUAGCGUCGAAAACCUGGACGAGUACAGCGAUCUCUAUCUGAAGAUCGACGUUCUUCUGCUCGCGGACGUGUUCGAAAAUUUUCGCGCCGCUUGUUUGGAGAGUUACGGUUUAGAUCCAGCGUACUACUUCACGCUGCCGGGAUACACGUGGGACGCGAUGCUUAAGUACACGAGGGUCCGUUUCGAGCUGCUCACCGAUAUCGAUAUGAUAAUGUUCGUGGAACGCGGAAUACGCGGCGGUCUGAGUCAGUGCUCUAACAGAUACGCUCGCGCUAACAACAAGUACAUGAGCGCGUACGAUCCGUCGCGACCGUCAAUCUAUCUGAUGUAUCUCGAUAUCAACAAUCUGUAUGGUUGGUCGAUGUGUCAGCCGUUGCCGUACGAGCGAUUCGAGUGGGUCGACGAUCUCGAGAGUCUCGACGUGAUGUCCGUGACGGAGGACUCGACCGUCGGCUACAUUCUCGAGGUCGAUCUCGACUAUCCGGCCGAUGCGCACGACGCCCACGCCGAUCUACCGUUUUGUUCCACGCGCGAUAAGCCGCCGGGGAAGUGUCAGAGCAAACUCCUAGCCACGCUGUACGAUAAGCGCCGAUACGUCACGCACUAUCGCAAUCUGCAGCAGUGCGUUCGUCACGGUCUGCGUCUGACGAGGAUUCAUCGCGCGCUGCGCUUCUCGCAGUCGCCGUGGUUACGCAGAUACGUGGAACUUAACACGCGCUUACGCACUAACGCGAGUAACGAUUUCGAGAAGAAUCUGUACAAGUUGAUGAACAACGCCGUCUUCGGCAAGACCAUGGAGAACGUGCGCAAUCGCGUGGACAUUCGACUCGCGACUCGAUGGGACGGUCGAUUCGGAGCCGAGGCGCUCAUCUCCAAGCCGAAUUUUCACAGUAGAAGCGUAUUCUCGGAGAAUCUCAUGGCCGUGGAAUUGCGCAAAUUGGAGGCGAAGAUCGACAAACCGAUCUACGUAGGCAUGUCCAUUCUCGAUAUAUCCAAGAUUCAUCUGUACGCGUUUCACUACGAAUACAUGUCGCCGCUCUACGGCGAUAAGUGUAAAAUAUUGUACACCGACACGGACAGUCUCAUUUAUAGCAUAGAAUGCGAGGACGCGUACGAGCGAAUGAAACGCGACAUCGAUAGAUUCGACACGAGCGAUUACGCCGUCGACAAUCCCUACGGCGUGCCGCGCGCCAAUAAGAAGGUUCUCGGUCUGAUGAAGGACGAGAACAACGGCGCUCUCAUGCUCGAGUUCGUCGGACUCAGAGCGAAGAUGUACAUGUUGCGAGUCGAGAGUAGGGGCGACACUAAGAAGAGCAAGGGCGUGAGGAGCAGCGUCGUCGCGAGAACGCUGACGUUCGACGAUUACGAGCGCUGUGUGAGACGCGAUAUCGAGAUGACCCGCGAGCAGUCGUGCCUGAGAUCCAAGUUACACGAGGUGUACACCGUGCGCGAGUCGAAGAUCGCGCUCAGUCCGUACGACGAUAAGCGCUACGUCAUGCCGGAUUCGACCGACACUCUGCCGUGGGGACACUACAGGAUACCUCUGUGA